GUCGCUCGAGGGGCGCACUGACAGUUUCACUAUUGACCUAAAACGAGCGUGUUCGUGGAACGAGCGUGCGUCUUGAGGAUUUUCUUAAGAGGGACACCUUUUUCUGAUGCAGAACCUUUUGUUCGCGAGUGUGUGACACGCGCGAGGAGUGCGUGAAGAAAUCAACGGGGUAACACCGAAAUAGUGGUCCUAUUAUAUAACGAAAGCAAAACGAAGAGAGAACACAGAAAGCUAGAGUGUUGUCUAGCUAGAGAAGAUCGAAAGGGAGAGGCUCUAAAGACCAACUGUCGCACGUAGUUAACUCCGGUAAUUUUGCAAGAUUUUUAAGCAGAAACAAAGAGAACGAAAGUGUGUUAAUUUUUUUCGUUUCGCAUUUUUUUUUUUUUUUUGUUAACACGCCGUCACUGUUGUUUAGUGAGCUUCUUGGCUGAUUCUUUAAAAGUAUAUAAAAAUAAUACAUAAAAAGAAAAGAAACGUUUAACCUGCAGAGCGAGCUCUUAACGACAAAAGGAGGUACGAAGUUAACCUCGUAGUGUGUGAGACGAAAUAAAAUACAGCAAAUAUUUUAAAAAAGUCGCAUCCUCCGAGACAAAAAAAAUAAAAAAGAAGGAAAAAGAGGACACCACAUAUUCUCGAAAUUAGGCACGGAUUAAAGGGUCCAGAAAAUGGACUCGCCUGUCAUCGUGGACAAAGCAUCCGAAUUCGGGGAACCGAUUGAUUUGGAUCGUCCGUUUUCUGCGUUCCCAUUCGACGACGACAAUUUUGGACGACGCAGCGACAUCCGUGCGCACCUGGACGAUCUAGCAGCCCGUCAUCCAGAAUUCGCCGACCAUCUGUUGGGCUCGCCUUGGGGUGAUAUUCCCUUUCACGGUUCCUUCCGCAACCGAAAUCGCGACUCUGCGAGUAGAGACCGUAACAACUAUCAGCAAGGGUACUCGGACGAGGACGCGCGAAGUCAAGCAAGCGGAAGUAGCGCUGCCAGCGCGUCCAGUUCGCACGGCGAGGCAGACGUUAAUCAGAAUCAACAGAACAAGUCCUCCAACUUCGAGCAACAGUCUAAUAGAAAAAGUCAAAUUCCACAAUACGGGUUACGCAACACCGUGGACAUAGGUCAACACCAUCACAAUAUGGAGAAUCCCGACAGAGGAAAUCGCGGACAGCGCUCGAUGUCCGCUCCUCCAGAGAACAGACAGUCAUCAAUGACCAACAAUCAACAACAACCUCAGCAGCAAGAGCAAAAGCCGCAGGGGCAGAGAUAUGUUUCCAGAAUAGAUAUAACGCCGCAACAGCCUCAACAGCAACAGCAGAAACCUCAGCAGCAGAGUAAUGUUAGGCAUAUUCCAAUAUUUGUCGAAGGUAGAGAUGAACCUGUGCUUCCAAAAAGUUUCGACGAACCGUUUCCCUCCAGAAGGGAAUCUUCUCCAUUCAGAAGGGAACCUUCUCCUACACAGUUCCACACACCACCGCACUUUCAAAGACCAUCCCCAUUCGGCCAACACUUUGGCGGAAGACACCAUCAGUGGCCUCCACACUUCCAAGAACCUUUUUAUCAGUCACCAGGUGCUUAUGAGCAUCCCUCCAGGAGGCAGCAACAGACUCACACCUUCCCUAGACAGCAUCAGCAGCAACAGUAUUGUGAAAGACAACCUCAGCAACAAUAUUACGCUGAGAAACAACCUCAGCAACAAUAUUACGCUGAAAAACAACCUCAGCAACAAUACUACGCUGAAAAACAGCCUCAGCAACAAUACUAUACUGAAAAACAGCCUCAACAACAGCAUUACGAGCAACCAAGGCAACAGAAGCCUCAACAGCAGGUUCCACUUCAGCAGCAGCAACCACCGCAACCUCAACAACAACAGCAACAAGAACCAGUGAAACCAAAACCCAGCGUUCCAAAAGAUCCACUCGAGAGAGUAGCUCUUGUACAGAAAGAAGUAGAUGCCCUGGCUGAACAGGUUAAACAGUAUACCGGUAACUCAAGGACAGAUAAAGAAUAUAUUUAUUUAGAUGAAAUGCUUACCAGGGAAUUGAUUAAGUUGGAUGAUAUAGAAACAGAAGGCAGAGAUAAUGUUCGACAAGCGCGCAAGAACGCGAUUAGAACUAUACAGGAAACGAUUAGCUUGUUGGAGUCGAAGGCGCCACUCCCAUCUCAGCAAGCAUUGCCAAAGGAACAGGGAAUACAAGAAGAAAUUUCUAAUGUAAUUGAGGAGGCUGGGCAGACUGAAACAAUGGACGUGGAUCAGAAAAUAGAGGAUCAGUCUCAAACUAAGGAACCAAUUCCAUUGCCUCCUGGUCCAUCGUCUCCAAUAAAGGAAUUGAAAGAAAAUACUGAACUUUCUACGAAGGAAGUGGAGAAUUCUGCUAUUGAUCAAACAACGAGUCAACAACAGGAAACUAGUCAAACAAGUGAACCUAUGGAUACGACUUCAGUAAUAGAAAACCCAGAUAUUCAACAGAGUACAGAGAAAGUCGCUGUAACUGAAACUGAGGAGAAAAAACAAGAGAAUAUUUCUGAGGUAAAUACCGAAGAAAAGAAAACAAACGUUUCUGUUGAAAAGACUGCCACUGAGGAGAAGAAAGGAGAAAAUCCUUCGGAAGGAAAGAAAAUAGAGAACGUUUCUGAAGAUACGAAGGGAGAAAACACUUCCAAGGAAAAAAAAGAAACGUCUGCAGAAACGAAGAAGGCUGAGAUUGUUUCCAAGGAAAAAAAACCAGAGGAAACUGAUCAAGAACAACAACAGAAAACAGAAGAGAAAAUGGAGGUGGAUAAUAGUGAGGUGAAACAGUCUCCCAAAUCGAAAAAAGGAAAGAAGUCGAAAAAACAGACUGCCCCAGUGUCUGAUAAACCAAUACCAUUGCCAGCUCCAGAAAACACUGAGACCAGUGCAAAAUAGGACAACUAAGCAAGAAGAAGUAUAAAGUGUCAUGAUUCCAAUUUGCACCAAAGGAUGCAUCAAUCAAUCUGUUCUGUUGGUUGUCGCCAGUUGUUUUGGAGACCGAGCUAAGGAGAGCCAUUUGUUGGUCGUUAUCUCCACUAUUUUGCAAUUAUGAUUAGUGCCAGAUCGACAGGAACGUCGUGGAUCGACGUGAAAACCGCACAAUCAUCAGCAUAGAACCGGCCUUUUCGCUUUCUUGUUCACGUGGUCACAGUCAGGUUUGAACCUUUUGAAGGAAUGGGAAUAGGAAAAAGAUCAGAAGAAUCGUACAACGAAUAUCUAGCAUGAAAAAAAUGUCACUCUGUUGCUUUGUACUUAUAAUUGAAUUAUAUAAUUACAUUGUUUCUGUAUGACGAGGCUGUCCCGCCCCCUCUCUCCAGAUUUCUUUCUUUUUUACCGCAUUGCUUUCUUAAGAAAUCACACGGGAAAGAACGUAGAAUACUCAAGGAAUUGUAUUACACAUUUUGACAAUGUCCGGUACAAUUGCUCUUGCACUUCGAUGCUGAUUACACUUGAAGAAACUGAAAUAUUCUUCUCUACUUUUAUUUUUACUUUUUUUUUUAUUUAAUCAUUAAUUGACUAGUUAAGUAAUAUGUAACCAGAAGCAGAGAAAUAUCAAUAAUAAUUCAAAAGAAGUAAAAAGAAGAUAUUUGAGUAACCGAUAUUUUUCGUGUUAUCAAAAUUGACGUGUAGUCAGCAUCGAUAAUAAGAUCAGCGAAAGAAACUUGAUAUGAUUAUGAAAAUUUUUAAGCGUAUAACGGAAAUGCUAGUAAUUGUUUAUCUUCAUAAGAAACGUGUUGGAGAUGUAGGACUCGAACGUUUAAGAACAAAACGCGUUCAUUUCUUACGAUUAGUAUUACAGCGCACGGCCUGAGACAUAAUAAAACUAACUUUAUUAUUAUAUUAUUAUUACUAUUUAUAAUUUAUUGUGCAUCUGCUGAACAAUUUAAGCACGAUUUUCGUGCCUCUAAUGUAAUAGGUUGUUAAAAGAAGAUUGUUCAGAAAUUUAUAGAUUUUUAGUAACGAAGAAAAUAAGUAAAAAGAAUUUACAUGUAUAACUUUAUGUAUAAUUGUGAUUCUUUAUGUGUACAUUCAUAGUUUUCUUCCUUGAUACGCUAAGGAGGAAAAACAACAGCUUAAUGCGAGACUUAUACGUGAUUAUUAAUUUUAUAAUAUUUAUAAAAUAACAAAAUAAAAAUAGAAUUUAAUUAGACACAGUUAAAAUUCUAAAUAAAAAUAAUCGAUCACAUUAUUAAGUUCUUUUUACUUGAUUUACUGUGAAAUAUGAAAUCUAUGAAUUUCUGAGCCACUUCAAUUCAAUGCCAUGUGCAACUCUGUUGUCACGAAAUUGUUACGUAUGGUAUACAAACGUGUACAUAUUAGGAUUGUAUGUGUUCGUCUUGUGAAAAAUUGUGCAUCCUGUUCACUGUUAUUUGUACAAAUACCUUAAAUCAUUGUUCAACUUUUAAUAAUGUGAGAAGUUCUUAAUUAAAAAUGAUCGAUAACAGUAUAUAGGGUGCAUUAUUUUAUGGUUCCUUGUUCAGGAUGAUACUCAUCAUUCUUCGUAUUUUGUUCUUUUUUUUUUCUGUUUUGUUUUCUGUAUGACAUUUACAUGUAUAUGUAUCUGUAGAGAUGUGCUUUUAAGCAGAAAUUUUGUAUUUUUUUUCUGAGUGGAAUUUGUAUGCGUGUGAGAAAGAAUAAAUGGAUCAUAGUUGUACGAAGGAAAAACAUGUAUGUGAGAAAGAAUGGAUGAUCUGACUGUGGUGACAAAACAAGUGGAAAUUAUCAAUAGAAUUUCAGAAUAAGUACGGCGAAAAUGUAACUAUUUUAUGAACAAACACAUUCGAUUAAAAAUACA